AUGAAGGAUGAAUAUAAUAUUAAAUUCACUGCUCAAGAUUUAUAUGACAAGAAGGCUGACAAAACAGAGCUUCAAACAUUAAAGACUGAAAUACUUCAAACAUUAUAUCCUGCAGGCUCUAUUUAUACGUCAAUGAACUCAAUAAAUCCAGCAACAGUUCUGGGUUUCGGUACGUGGGAGCAGAUUGUAGAUAAAUUCUUAUACUGUGCGAACUCUUCAAAGCAAACAGGUGGUUCGAAGAAAAUUAAAGAAGCAAACCUUCCACCGCACACUCAUACAGGAACUACAAACACAACAGGUAGUCAUUCACAUUCAAUAACAAAAAGAGGUUAUACAAAUCUUGCAGCAGGUUCGGAUAGACAGGGAAUGCAUAGAUAUGAUAUUUCAAGUGACCCAGUAGAUUCAAGCACAGGUAUUUUCUGUGGAACCACAGGAAAUCAUUCACACACUUUCACAACAAAUCCAACAGGCUCGGGUGAAGAUUAUAUGCCACCAUUUGUGACUAUAUUCGCAUGGUACCGCGUUCAAUGA